AUGAAAAUCGUCCUGCUCGGCUCAACCGGCCAAAUCGGCCAAUCCAUCCUCCGCGCCCUCCUCACCAAGACCUCCCACCAAGUCGUGCAACUAAUUGCUCCGCAGUCCGAAUCCACUGCCCGCUCUAUAAACAAGAAAUUUACAGCAGAGCAACAAGGCCGUCUGACCACAGAAUCAGUGGACCUCCUAUCCUGCAGUGCAGACGACCUCGUCCCGUAUCUCGCCAAUGUCGAGAUCAUCAUCAGCGCCUUGAACGGCAAAGCGCUGCAAGCACAAUCCAAACUUCAAGAUGCCGGUGCAAAGACAGGGGUUAGGAGAUUCUACCCUAGUGAAUAUGGCAUGCAUCAUGUCUAUCGACCGCCGGGAGAUGAAGUUGGGUAUCUUCAUCCGAUGUGGACCACCAAAUCCGCCGCCAACGAAGCCUGUCUACACCACCCCGCCAUAAAAUCGGGCUCUAUGACAUACACCCUCAUUGGCUGCGGCGACUUUUACAACCAAUCCCGCGAAGAGACCUGGUGUCCAUGGACGAAUCCCAAGGCAUCUGAAUACACGCUGCAUAUCCUCGGGGAUGCGGAUGCUACUAUUGACUUUACGCACAUCGACGAUCUAGGGGAUUUUAUCGUCGAGACGAUAAAGCAUCCGGAGCGAUCGGAGAACCGCACGCUGAACUUUGUGAGUGACCAUAUCUCGUAUAAUGAGAUUGCGAGGUUAUUGGAGAAGUACUCCGGACGGAAGGUCAACAAGACAGUGUAUCCAAUGAGCCUGAUGGAUGAUGUAUGGAAGGAUAAGGAGAAGGUGCCGGCGGAAGUGAGAGGAAAAGGGGCGUUUCCGGAUGAUUUCUGGAUUCUGGUCAAGGGGAUGCAAGGGGCUGGGAGGUUUUGGAGACCACCGGGGGAGGUGCAUAAUGGGGAGUUUGAGAUGGAGGGGAGGACUUUUGAGUGGUAUUUGAGGGGUUUGUUUGGGGGAGAGUAUGAGGUUUGA